UGAGUCUAAAUGAAAAUGUACUGAGUCUAAUGGGUAGGUUUAAGUAGCUGUUACAAUUCGUAACCUGCCUUUCUCUGCGUAACUGAAACUGGCCUGCGUUUCAUAACGGGAACAGAGUAGGACCUCCUGCCCCAUUCCAGGUUGAGAAGUUCGAGCCGCCAAGAAAUCACUGAACCAUAGAGGUAGAAAGGACCCUAAGAAUCACCAAGUUCAACCCUCAAAGCUUCUGAGUGACGGGCACAUGAAAUCCACAACAGAACUUAACCUUCUGACAUUUCCAACCACAGAGCUCAGAAAGACCGUCAAGAUAAAUCUGAAGGAGUUUCCCAAGAAUUAAGGUUUAGAUCAACACCAUGGAUGGAAAAACACCCUCGCAGCUAACAAAAGGAAAUCCAUUUGUCCUGGAGAAAACCUUUGGAUCACAUCCUACGAAGAUGACAUCUCUCUCUAUUUCUAAAUUAAAGAUAUUUCUUGGAGCGCUGGCAUUUUCUUUUUUUGCCAAAGCUUUUUCAGGAAGCUACAUGAAGAGCAUGACGAUUCAAAUCGAGCGGAGAUUCGAAAUCUCAUCGUCUGUGGUUGGCUUGAUUGACGGAAGCUUUGAGAUAGGAAACUUAUUGGUAAUGGUUCUGGUGAGUUAUCUUGGACCACGAGUUCACCGCCCAAAAGUGAUUGCAACAGGUUGUCUGAUUAUGACCUUGGGAUCCUUUCUAUCGGUGAUACCACACUUCAUCAUGGGACGUUACAAUUACAAAAGUAUUGCGGUUUCCUUGGCCAAUUCAUCUACAAGUGUUUCAGCUUGUUCAUCAGUUUCUCCCCAUCAUUACACGCUUGCCGAAACAUCCCACAACGCAACUAUGGCUGGAUGUGAAAAAAUGGCUAGUUCCUACUUGUGGAUCUUCGUACUUGCUGGGAACCUUCUACGUGGAAUUGGGGAAGCGCCAAUCAUGCCUCUGGGAAUGUCUUACAUUGAUGAUUUUGCCACAGAAGAAAACUCGGCCUUUUACAUAGGAACUGUACGAUCUGCAGGGAUGUUUGGACCAACUCUUGGCUUUCUGCUUGGAGCGUUCUGUGCCAGUUUGUGGGUUGACAUUGGAGCAGUAAACCCAGAUACACUGACCAUCAAUUCCAAAGACACACGUUGGGUCGGUGCCUGGUGGCUUGGGAUGUUAGUCUGUGGUGCCACCAGUUUUAUAUCAUCUCUCCCUUUCUGGUUCCUGCCUUACUCUUUGCCACAACAAGAAGAAAAAGCUGUUAAGAAGUCAACGGAGGUUUAUGUGAUCACUCAAGUCAGCCAGAACAAAAUGGAAACUCCCAGACACCCACAGCUAAAGGUUUCGGAAGUGGCAAAAGGUGGGUUUAAUGACCUGUCCAAGAGGAGCUCAUUCUGAGCUUUGCAACUAAAC